GCAGCUGCCUGUUUUGGUUUGACCAAAGCAAAGCAUGUGGACUGCAGUUCAACGCCCAAAAUGGCGGCACGAUUGAAAAGUUUUGACUGUUUUCUCCGAGUUUGUCUGCUCCACAGGAUCUCCCUUUAGGUGGUUUGACUGCACGUAAACACCGGCUUUUCCCACAUUGGCGUCUCGUCGGCAUGUUUUGUAGUGGUGGAGGGACCAGAGAAGGACUGGGAUGGCGUUUUGCUAUUGGCUCGAAGUCGGGCAUCCCUUCACUAAUGCUAGGCUAACGCUAGGCUAGCAAGCUAACUGCUGUCAGAUGAGUGCUGCCUGUCUAAAAGCUUCGGUCGUCACGUCUUGUCUCACCUGCUUCUCCAAGCUGAACUGAAUAUGAAGAAGAGAAUAUUCAUAUAGAAAUGGAGGAUGAUGUGAAAAAAGUAAAAAAGCCUGGUAUCGUGUCCCCGUUCAAGCGAGUCUUCCUGAAAGGAGAGAAGGGGAGGGACAAAAAGGCCCAGGAGAAGGCCACAGAGCGCAGGGCCCUUCACACCUUCUCGCUUUCUCAGCCUGACCACCGCAUCGACCCAGACAUACUGCUCAACGACUACAUCGAGAAGGAAGUCAAAUACUUGGGGCAGCUGACCUCAGUUCCAGGAUACUUGAACCCAUCAAGUAGGACAGAAGUCCUGCAGCUCAUUGACAACGCAAGGAAGUCGCAUCAGUUGGCAGGCCAGCUGACGUCUGAGCAGGAUGCAGUGGUGAGCUUGUCGGCGUACAACAUCAAGCUUGUGUGGCGCGAUGGAGAGGACAUCAUCCUGAGAGUGCCCAUCCAUGAUAUUGCUGCUGUCUCCUACAUCAGGGAUGACUCAUUACACCUUGUUGUUUUAAAAACAGCUCAGGAGUCGGGGGGGUCUCCCUGUCCCAGCUCAUGUCCUGAUCUGAAUAAGUCCCAGACUUUGAGCUCCUUGUCAGAGAGCGGAGCUGUGCUCGUGGAAGUCUGCUGUCUGCUUGUGCUGGCGGUUGAUAAUAAGGCAGCAGCAGAGGAGUUGUGUCUUUUGCUUAGCCAAGUCUUUCAGAUUGUUUACACAGAAUCAACCAUCGACUUCUUGGACAGAGCCAUUUUUGAUGGAGCAACUACACCUACCAGACACCUCUCUCUAUACAGUGAUGACUCUUCGAGCAAAGUGGAUGUUAAGGAGGGAUUCGAUGCAGAAGCCAGCACGUUUCCUUUCCAGGUCACCAUGGAGACAGACGGAAACUCUCCAUCAGCUUCCACCCCAACAUCCCCCCAGACGAAGACUGCGAGUGAAGGAGAGCUCAGUACCACAGCUGCUGAGCUACUGCAGGACUACAUGACCACACUGCGGACAAAGCUGUCAUCACAGGAAAUCCAGCAGUUCGCUACCCUUCUCCAUGAAUACCGCAACGGUGCCUCCAUUCAUGAGUUCUGUAUUAAUCUGCGACAACUCUACGGGGACAGCAGGAAAUUUCUCCUCCUCGGCCUGCGUCCCUUCAUCCCAGAGAAGGACAGCCAGCACUUUGAGAAUUUCCUGGAGACCAUUGGCGUGAAGGACGGCCGGGGCAUCAUCACAGACAGCUUCGGCCGCUACAGGCGCACGCCCAGCUCCGCCUCCGACUCCACCACCAACGGCAACGGGGCGGCGGGAGGAAGCGGCGACAGCGCAGCCUCGGACGAGGGCCAGGAGACGUCUGAGGGCGAUGAGUGGGACCGUAUGAUCACUGACAUCAGUAAUGACAUUGAAGCUCUCGGCUGUAGUAUGGACCAGGAGGGAGUGACACCCUGACGUGGGGGGAGGGAAAAAAAAAGGGAGGUUAGUUUUCUAAGAACUGAAAGAGCCGCUCCUCAGAUGAGCUUUAUGCCUGAGCCGAGCGGAUCAGAUGAAGGUUGACCUUAGCACUGACCUAAGAUUUGAUUAAUUCCUCUAAUUGUCAAGAGGACGUUCCACAGUCCCUACACACUCAAGGAAAAACCUCGACUUGUUACUAUUAAGUCAACCAAUGCACUUACGCAGACUCUGUACAUGCAGUUAGUUGGCUUGUUUUGCAUCAGAUGGAUUCACAUCCUCUGAUUUAUUUUAUAAAAUGUUAUUUGGUUUCGUACUCAUUUAUUGGCAGUAUCUGCCACCGCUAUCAGCAAUGUAGCAAAAAAUCUCCGGUCUUUGAGAAUAUUUCUCUUCUAAUAGCCUCAGAGACUCUGGAGGAUCCAUCAGAGGAAUGGAUGCACGUCGCAGAGCGUUUAGUGUGAAGCCUUUGUGCUUUUGUGUUCAGUCUGCUUCAUCCAUCAGGAGAACUUCUGUCUUCAUUUAUUUCACUUUUGUGCGUUGCUGUGAGAGUGUAAUAUUUUGCAAUAUAUAUAUAUAUAUAUAUAUAAUUUUGUUUUUCGGUAAGUGUAGUACUUUGUUUUACACUAUUAUUUGUUGUCAGUGUUUAUUCAGUUAUACAUUUUGCCUCUUAUAAACUGACCAAGGAAAUGCUGUAAAUUCUCUUAAAAAAAAAAAAAAGAACAAAAAUCAGCUGAGUGGGGACUGUAUUUGACAAAGCCACUGAGUGGAUGGCUGAUGUAAGUUUAUGAUUUUUAGAUAUUCAUUCUUCUCAUGCAGGUCAUCUUGUUAUCUUGUUAUCACGUGUAUUUGUAAUUGUGCCUUUACACUGCAGUACUGCUGCCAGCCGUCUGUCAAACAAUGACAGGUAAUUACAAACUCAGUCGUUUUUAUUAAAUAACAUCAUUUACACUGAU